GAAGUGACAAAACUGAUAUCCAUGUAACAUUUAAUCAAGGAAUCGACAAACGAUACCCAGACUGCCCAAAAUCGUAUCCAACAAACCCCCAACAUCCUAUUCGAGAAACCAUACUGAAAUAAUAUAAAAAAUGAAUAGAAUAAGUAUCGGAAGUGACAAAACUGAUAUCCAUAUAACCUAUAAUCAAAGAAUCAACAAACAAUACCUAGAUUCCCCAAAAUCGUAUCCAACAAACCCCCAAAAUGGAAUCCGAGAAACCAUAAAUCUGGAAACUAGGAAACAAAAACCAGAGCCCCAAAAUUCGAAUCCCACAGACCCAGAAUCUGGUAAUCUAGAAACAUAACCCUAAACACCCAUAUUCGAAUCCAUGAAACCCAAAAUCUACAAAUCGAGAAUCGAAACCCUAAACCCCCAAAUUCGAAUCCCACGGACACAAAAUCUGGUAAUUUAGAAUCAAAACCCUAAACACCCAUAUUCAAAUCAAUGAAACCCAAAAUCUACAAAUCCAGAAACGAAACCCUAAACCCCCAGAUUCGAAUCCCACGGACACAAAAUCUGGAAAUGUAGAAUCAAAACCCUAAACACCCUAAAUCGAAUCGCAUGAACCAUAAAUUUUGAAAUCGAUAAACAAAACCCAGAUUUCCACAAAAAAAAUCCAUGAAACCCUAACUUACUAUCCACAAACAAAAUGCACAGAUUAAGAGAGGAGAACAAGGCAACCUGAAACCAAAGCUUCUUCCUUCUUCGUCGGCGGCGGCGGCGGCUUCCUUCUUUGUCGGCGAAGUCCUCGUCUUCUUCUUCCUUCUUCGUCGGCGGCGUCUUCUUCCUCGUCGGGAUAGCUUCAACGUCGUUGUCGGCAUGGUUUCCAAGAAGCAGUCGCCGACCUCGCAGCCGUCGUCGCCGUCGCUUUGUUGGUGGUGGUUUUCGGGAGAAGAAGAAACAGAGAGGGAGAGGGUUCGAAAGAUUUUUUGGAGAGAGAGAGGGGAGAAUGGAAAACGCGGGGCAGGGAGAGAGAAUCGAGUUUUUGGUUUGAAAUUUUGGGUUUUUUUUUCUGGCCCUACUUCUCCCAAAAGUGGCUCGACUUGGGCAAAAAACCAAUUCACCCUCACAUCUUGGCGCCGGCGAUCACUCAACCUCCGAUGGUGGCAAGGCGACGUGGCCUUUCAUCCUGCCCUGUUAAUAUCUGCUAACAACUUAAAGGGUUAGCAGCAGAACUAGAUUGCAAACGGUGGCCGAGGAUAGAGUGGAAUAAAUGCGAGGGGUAGAACGGAGAUGGGCAACUCACGGAACACCGUCACUCAAAAUAAUUUGGGAAAGGAAAACUCUAGAAGAAAACUAUUUUUUUUUUUAACUUAAAAAAUUGUCAUUUGUUUUGCUUGUAAUUUCUAAUUCGAUAUUUCUGUUGUAUCCUUCGUCCCAACUCCUUGCUCGCUGCUGUGUCCAUAAAAGGAGAGAGGGUCUCGCUCUUUCUCUCUUCUUCUUCUCUCUAUUCAUCACACUCUUCAGACAACGAAGGAGAUAAGGUUAUACCCUUCAUAGGGGUGCAGGGUAUAUCUUUCUGGCUAUUGGUGUGACCAUUUCCGCUGUUUUCCUUUUGACCAUUUUGGGUUCUUUUGCGGUGGGUUUUGGUUUGGAUGUGCAAACUAGGGAUUGUGAGUUAUAUGUCGACGAUGGUUUCUGUCUAAUUGUAACGGGCUGAUGUGGGGAUUCUCGAUGGAUUAGGGUCUUCUGAUUCGUUGUAUUCGUGAAUUGAAGCUAGGAUUUGGUUAUGUUAUCCAGAUAGGGAUUCCUAGCUGUUAAUGUUUGACUUUUUGUUCUUCUCUUGCUCGUCGAAGGAAGUCGGGAUAAACGUUGUCUUUGAGAGAUACUUCGAGGCUGAAGUUCCUGAUGCAAUUGUUCUCGUUCGUCUGAGCUUUUAUGCUGAGUUGGAUUCUGUUUCUUAGCCGGAGCUCUGAUUGUUUUCUGCCUUCUUGCUUUGAGGUGUUAAUUUUGUUAGAUGUAUUGUGGAAUUGUUGAAGUUUCAAUCUUUCAUGAAUGACAUCAUGUGAAAGGUUGACUUCAUUGGUUUUUUGUUAUAAAUAUUCCCAAAAGGUUAGAAAGGUUGACUUCAUUGUUGGAUUUGCGUUUUAUAUGAACUGGCAAGCUUCAUUGAUACAUUUAGUGAACUUCUUUUGUUUGAUGUAUAGAAUUUUUGGUUGGGCUACUUGUGUACGUUGCAAUAUCAUAAUGGCAACCUUAAACUAGUUUUGGUCUCAGAUUCACUAGUGUUGUAACUUUGCAGUGGUGUUUGUUCUGAUGGCAUUGUACCUAUCUUUAACUAACCUGCCUUCCCUUUUACCAAUGUGAACUGCAGGUGUUCUAGCUGUAAAAAUGGCAAGAUUUCUAGUUCAUUCCACCAAUACCCCUGUUCUGGCUCCUCUUCCGAAGGGAAUCCAGUCUCAGAGAUGUGAAAACACAAGGAGGACUGCUGUCAAGAUGAUGUCUAGUUUACAAGCACCUGUAUAUACAUUGAAAGGUUUCUCAGGAUUGCGGAGUUCCAACUGCUUAGAUGCAACAAUGAAAUCUGGACUAGAUUUUCAUUCCAGAGUUGCUGUCACUAUGUCUCCCAUGCAGAAAAGGGGUAAAAAAUUUGCAGCUAGAGCCAUGUUUGAGCGGUUCACAGAAAAAGCCAUCAAAGUUAUCAUGCUUGCCCAAGAGGAGGCACGACGGCUUGGCCACAACUUUGUUGGCACAGAGCAAAUCUUAUUGGGUCUUAUUGGCGAGGGCACUGGAAUAGCUGCAAAGGUUCUUAAAUCUAUGGGAAUCAAUCUUAAAGAUGCUCGUGUGGAAGUGGAGAAAAUCAUUGGAAGAGGUAGUGGAUUUGUUGCUGUGGAGAUCCCAUUCACUCCACGGGCGAAGCGUGUUUUAGAAUUGUCACUUGAAGAAGCCCGCCAGCUUGGUCAUAACUACAUUGGAUCAGAGCACUUGCUCUUGGGGCUGCUUCGUGAAGGUGAGGGUGUGGCUGCCCGUGUUCUUGAAAAUUUGGGUGCUGAUCCUAGUAACAUAAGAACACAGGUCAUUCGCAUGGUGGGUGAGAACAAUGAAGUUACGGCUAAUAUAGGACCGAAUACUAGAGACGCAAAGAUGCCAACUCUUGAAGAGUAUGGAACUAAUUUGACCAAGCUUGCAGAGGAGGGUAAAUUAGACCCCGUCGUUGGAAGACAGCCACAAAUAGAGCGUGUCAUCCAAAUCUUGGGUCGGAGGACUAAGAAUAACCCUUGCCUAAUUGGAGAGCCUGGUGUUGGUAAAACUGCAAUUGCUGAGGGUCUUGCUCAACGAAUAGCAACUGGGGAUGUUCCUGAAACAAUUGAAGGGAAGAAGGUUAUUACUUUGGAUAUGGGUCUUCUUGUUGCUGGCACAAAAUACCGUGGUGAAUUUGAGGAAAGGCUCAAAAAGCUGAUGGAGGAAAUCAAGCAGAGUGAUGAAAUAAUUCUUUUUAUUGAUGAGGUGCACACGUUAAUUGGUGCUGGGGCUGCAGAAGGGGCUAUCGACGCUGCUAAUAUCUUGAAGCCCGCUCUUGCUAGGGGUGAAUUGCAGUGCAUUGGAGCUACAACACUUGAUGAAUACAGAAAGCAUAUUGAGAAGGACCCGGCUUUGGAAAGACGAUUCCAGCCAGUCAAAGUACCUGAGCCUUCUGUGGAUGAAACAAUCCAGAUAUUGAAAGGCCUGCGCGAGCGAUACGAGAUCCACCAUAAACUUCGUUACACUGAUGAGGCCCUAGUUGCUGCUGCUCGGCUAUCAUACCAGUAUAUCAGUGACCGUUUCUUGCCUGAUAAGGCAAUUGACUUGAUUGAUGAAGCUGGCUCUCGGGUUCGUCUUCGUCAUGCACAGGUCCCUGAGGAAGCUAAGGAGCUUGAGAAAGAGGUCAGGCAGAUUAUAAAAGAGAAGGAUGAAGCUGUCCGCAAUCAAGACUUUGAAAAGGCUGGGGAAUUGCGUGACCGAGAAAUGGACCUCAAGGCACAGAUCACAGCCAUAGUGGAGAAAGGCAAGGAAAUGAGCAAAGCCGAGACAGAAGCUGGGGAUGUAGGUCCCACUGUGACUGAGUCAGACAUUCAGCACAUUGUCUCUUCGUGGACUGGAAUACCUGUUGAGAAGGUGUCAACUGAUGAAUCUGAUCGACUGCUGAAGAUGGAAGAAACCUUGCACAAGCGAGUUAUUGGUCAAGAUGAAGCUGUCAAGGCCAUCAGCCGAGCUAUUCGCAGGGCCCGCGUUGGUCUCAAGAAUCCCAACCGGCCAAUUGCAAGCUUCAUCUUUUCGGGUCCAACUGGUGUCGGAAAGUCGGAACUGGCCAAAUCACUUGCUGCCUACUACUUUGGCUCUGAAGAAGCAAUGAUCAGGCUUGACAUGAGCGAGUUCAUGGAGAGACACACAGUCUCCAAGCUCAUUGGUUCGCCUCCAGGGUAUGUUGGUUACACAGAAGGUGGUCAGCUCACUGAAGCUGUCAGGCGUCGCCCUUACACCGUGGUACUCUUUGAUGAGAUAGAGAAAGCCCACCCUGAUGUCUUCAACAUGAUGCUUCAAAUCCUCGAAGAUGGUAGAUUGACCGAUAGCAAAGGUAGAACUGUUGACUUCAAGAACACCCUUUUGAUCAUGACUUCCAAUGUUGGAAGCAGCGUUAUUGAGAAGGGAGGAAGGAGGAUAGGGUUUGACCUUGAUUAUGAUGAGAAGGACAGCAGUUACAACAGGAUCAAGAGUCUGGUGACUGAGGAACUGAAACAGUAUUUCAGGCCGGAGUUCUUGAACAGAUUGGAUGAGAUGAUUGUAUUCAGACAACUGACUAAGCUGGAGGUGAAGGAGAUUGCUGACAUCAUGUUGGCGGAGGUGUUUGAUCGGCUGAAGGGGAAAGAGAUUGAGCUUCAAGUGACUGAAAAGUUCAGAGAAAGAGUCGUGGAUGAGGGGUACAAUCCUAGCUAUGGAGCAAGACCUCUGAGGAGAGCAAUAAUGAGACUCCUGGAGGAUAGCAUGGCUGAGAAGAUGCUUGCAGGGGAGAUUAAAGAGGGUGACUCGGUUAUCGUGGACGUAGACUCCGAGGGAAAUGUUAUUGUUCUCAAUGGAAGCAGUGGCACUCCUGAUACCUUACCCGAUGUAUUAUCUGUGGCUUAGAGAAAGUUCUUAGCACUUUUGCCAUGGUGUUGUCUUGUACUUUUGGAUGUUUGAAAAACUAUUUGUACUGGCUAGAACAGUAGAAAACUUGGGGGCUGGCUGGCUGGCUCUGUCAGGCAGGCUACUUGGCCGUGGAGAAUAUGGGGUCAGGACCAUGGAUGCGGGUACAUGGUAGGAAAUUGAUAGUUCGGUUGGUGGAAAAUAGACGGCCUGUUUUGCUAUAGCUCUCAUAGUGAAAGGAUGUAGUCUAUACUUCUAUUUUAUAAUUGUGGUGGUUUGUAAUUGUGGGUUUUAUACUUCUAUUUUAAAUUUGCAAUUCUGGCUUUCUGCUGAGUGAGGUGAUAUAAAUAUAAUGCAGUGCAUUCCCAUGAAAUGCGGAUAAGCACUUCAUAAGUGAGUCGAAGGGUUAAGUUUCAGCUCUCCAAGUUUGAAUUGCAAACCUAGAUGAUUGACCAAUUAAUUAGCAACGCUGUGACUCCUGGAACAAACAAAGCUUGUGGCAAGGUACUAAAAGCUUCUUCGGAGGUAAGAUUCUCUCCUCGCUCAAAAAGCACUUGCAUCGGACUGUUUCUCCAAACUCGUCGAACUCAGCCACACUCCCUAAGAAUAUAUUCUUGCGUUUCUCUUAGAUCACAGAAAGGGCAUACCUCGGUGCCCUUUUGAGUCCUCUCUAGAAUCCGAACUGCCGUAUGAAGUAUGUUUUGUAGGCAUCGCCACACGAACAUUUUUACCUUCGGUGGGAUGUUUAAUCCCACACCUUUUUCCAGUUCCCCGACGAACAUAAUUCACCCUCUGUUUCUUCAUUCCUGGUUUCCGAUAAGCCGACUUGACAGUAUACUCCCUUGACUUUUCCCUGCUCCAAAUUCUUGCAUCCUCAGUAGGGUUCCUAGGGGUCGGAUUUCGCUGAAUGUUUUUUCCUGUCCGUUGGGUUGAAAUGAGCCAGGAGUAAGUCACUCCAACUUCUUGUCUCCUGAUCUAUCAGUUCCCCAGUGAAGUAGAGGUUCCAAUGGGGGGGGGGGGGGGGAUAAACUUUAGGUUAGCACUCGAUAGUACCCAUUUAUCAAUCCCGAUGUCAAUCUUAUGAUCAUUCUCCGAUCUCCAUCUCAUUCCAUGUCUUACUAUAUCCUUUGCUGCCAUUAAUCCCCUCCACACUCGGCUAGGAUUCCUACCCACUUCAACUUCGAGAGGGUCUCUGUCCUGGAAGUAUUUUACUUUCAAAACUCUUGCAACUAGAGUUUCAGGGUAUUGAAUAAUUCUCCACAACUGUUUACCUAGUAAGGCAAGAAUAAAACUUUGCAAAUUGAAUUUGUACAUUUCUGUUAUACUACAAAUGGAACUUGCGUCAUAAUAUCAAAAUAGGGUAAUUGCCUCAUUUGGUCAUUAAGAUUACUAAAUCGUGUCAUGUUUA